AUGUUCUUCACGAGUGACGAGUCACCUGACAGCGGGGUAUCUCGAAGACUCAGCCCUAUGCUGGCGACUACCCCUUCUAAAAAUCACCUGGCUGGAACAAUGGUAUGCACGAUAUCAUAUGAUGGUUCAAACUCUGGGUUCCAAGUUGGGCAGAACCUUGGUCAUAUAACUACUCAGUUCCUACAAUCGGAAACAUCAUUGAAUGAAGCGUGCCUACGGGAUCUGCGGACGACUAAUCCUCACCAUGACAAAGAUCGUAUUCAGAACACCAACGGAGGGUUGCUCAAAGACUCAUACUGCUGGAUUCUAGACAACAAAGAGUUUCAACAAUGGCAAGACAACCAGAGCAAUUGUCUCCUCUGGAUCAGAGGUGACCCGGGCAAAGGCAAGACGAUGCUCCUCUGCGGUAUCAUAGACGAGUUAACUCGAUCGAUUGGGGACACUGUGAAUAUCUCGUUCUUUUUUUGCCAAGCUACCGACGUGCGAAUCAAUAAUGCCACGGCUGUUCUCCGUGGCUUGAUAUAUUCGCUUGUCAAGAAGCAGCCAUCUCUUCUCUCCCAUGUAAAGAGUCAGUAUGACCACGCGGGAAAAGUAUUGUUCGAGGAUAUAAACGCAUUCAAUGCCCUCUCGAGGAUCUUCACGGAUAUUCUGAAAGACCCGACCUUACCGACCACUUAUUUGAUUAUCGACGCGCUAGACGAAUGUACAACAGGCCUGGCUUCCCUUCUCGACCUGAUUACGCAAGUAUCGUCUGCUUGCCCACAGAUAAAGUGGAUUGUCUCGAGCCGUAACUGGCCUGAUAUCGAAGAGCGUCUUGACACUACCCAGACCGCCACAAUUUCAUUAGAGCUAAAUGAGGAGUCUGUAUCUGAAGCUGUGAGCAAAUUCAUUCAACACAAGGUUCACUACCUGGCGAAAGUGAAGAAGUAUAGCGAUGAAACUCGUGAUACGAUCGGCCAUCACUUGUCAUCCAACUCGCAAGGAACUUUCCUUUGGGUAGCCUUGGUCUGUCAAGAGCUUGAUAGAAUAUCGCGAAGGCACGCUCUCAAGAAGCUGGAGGCGUUUCCUCCUGGACUGAAUGCUUUGUACGGUCGGAUGAUCGAUCAGGUUCGCAACUCGGAAGAUGCCGAAUCCUGCAAGCGAAUACUGGCUGUCAUGUCCAUAGUGUAUCGGCCUAUCGCGUUUGACGAGCUGGCCUCUCUUGUUGAGCUACCUGAUGAUCUCUCUGGUGACUCUGAAGCUCUAUCAGAGAUUAUCGCGAUUUGUGGCUCGUUUUUGACUGUACGCGAAGACACUAUCAUUUUCGUCCACCAGUCCGCAAAGGAGUUUCUACUCAGAGAGACGCAAACUGGGGUUUUCCCUGGAGGUAUAGAAGCUGAACACCAGACAAUUUUCUCUCGUUCUCUUAAAGCCAUGUUUAAGACACUUCAGCGAGACAUCUUUCAAAUUAAAUUUCCUGGAUUACCGAUUGAGAAGGUUAUACCACCCAGUCCGAGUACAUUAGCAGCUGCACAAUAUGCAUGUGUCUAUUGGGUUGACCAUCUUCAUAAUAGCAGAGGUCAUGAAAAAAAAAAUCUUGACAUUGAUGAAAGAGGGUGUGUUAGUGAUUUUCUACAAAAGAAAUACCUUCACUGGCUUGAAGCCCUGAGCAUUCUAGGAAGCAUAUCACAAGGUAUAGCAGCUAUGCUAAAGCUCGAGGGCUUACUUCAGGGAAAAGGCGAAUCAGCUACCCUUUUACAUCGAGUUCAAGACGCUUCCCGAUUCAUUCGAUACCAUAGGCUAGCAAUUGAAAGAUGCCCCCUUCAAGUAUACAGUUCACCUCUGAUAUUUAGCCCCAUGUCGAGCCUCACAAGAAGAUGUUAUCAAGGGGAGAGACCGGAUUGGGUUUUGAAUGAGCCAUUGGUGGACAACGAUUGGAGUCCAUGUCUUCAAACCCUCGAGGGGCAUAGCGGUCCCGUCCGCUCGAUCGCCUGGUCGCAAGAUGGAAGCCGACUCGCAUCAGCGUCCUCUGAUAUCACCGUCAGGAUCUGGGAUCCGGCCACCGGCCAGUGUGUGUCAACCCUCGAGGGGCAUAGAUAUUCGGUCAACUCGAUUGCCUGGUCGCAAGAUGGAAGCCGACUCGCAUCAGCGUCAGAUGAUAACACCGUUAGGAUCUGGGAUCCAGCCACCGGCCAGUGCGUGUCAACCCUCGAGGGGCAUAGAUCUUCGGUCAACUCGAUUGCCUGGUCGCAAGAUAGAAGGCGACUCGCAUCGGGGUCCUCUGAUAACACCGUUAGGAUCUGGGAUCCGGCUACUAGCCAGUGGGCCGCGUCCCUCUCAUGGUGUGGUAGCUCGGUCAACUCGAUUGCCUGGUCGCAAGAUGGAAGCCGACUCGCAUCAGGGUCCUCUGAUAACAUUGUCAGGAUCUGGGAUUCAGCCACCGGCCAGUGCGUGUUAAUUCUCGAGGGGCAUAGAUAUUCGGUCAACUCGAUUGCCUGGUCGCAAGAUGGAAGGCGACUCGCAUCAGGGUCCUCUGAUACUACCGUCAGGAUUUGGGAUCCAGCCAUCGGCCUGUGCGCAACCCUCGAGGGGCAUAGCGAUUGGGUCAAGUCAAUUUCCUGGUCGCGAGAUGGGACCCGACUCGCAUCAGCGUCUAGGGAUAGGACCGUCAGGAUCUGGGUUCCGGCUACCAGACAGUGCGUGUUGACCCUGUAUAUCAGCUCUCCCGACUUCGUUCAAUUUGAUAAAGUCAAUUUUAAUCAUCUACACACGUCAAUUGGUACAUUCGAUAUAGGACUCACUGGUAUCGUCACGUCCACUCACUCUUCGACCGUGCUAGAACAAUACGGCUAUGGUUUGAAUGAUGACCAUUCCUGGAUAACCUAUAAUGGAGUCAACCUCCUUUGGUUGCCUGCCGAAUAUCGACCAACUAGUUCCGGUCUUUUUUCUGUGUCUGCAACAAAUGUGGCGAUCGCCUGUUCGUCAGGUGUUGUCAUAUUUCUCGCGCUCACAGAACAGAGUCCCAUCCCUGGCCUUUGA